GGGUCUUCGCUGAAUGCGGGUGGGAAACUCAAUAAGGUGUUCUGGAAGGAGGAACACAGGCUUCAAGAAACGUCCCAGUUAAUUACAAACUUAAACCUCUUGACAAAUACUAUUUAUUUUGGGGCCUACGUCGUCGGUUGAGGUACGUUAAAGGUUCGUUAUAAAACGGUUAAACGGUAAAAGCAGCGAUGGCGUCGCCGCUGGAGAUGACAGAGAUGUACGACAACGCUCUGCUGGGAAUCCUGCAGCACGUUGGAAACAUACACGACUUUCUUCACAUCUAUUUUGGGUUUUUGUACCGCAAGACGGACUUUUAUCGCCUGCUGUCGGGUCCCAACGACAAGAUGGGUUUCCCUCCCGGUGUGGCGGAGAAGAUGGUGCUCAAGACAUUCAAGUUGUUUGAGAAGGUGGCAGAGCACGACAGAGAGAGACACCUGAGCGAGCUGCAAAGGAGGGAGGAGAGUAAAAGCGUUCCUCCAGCAGUUCAAGAGCUGGAGAUCACCUCCGGGCCUCAGGAGGAGACGAAAGAGCAGAGUGCAGAGGAGGCACAGAUGGAGAGUUCUCCGUUAGACUCUGGGGACGUCUCAGCUCCUCCAGAACCCACUAAAAGCCCUCAGAGAAGCAGCAGCAGCGGCGGUGGUGGCAGCGGCGGCGGCGGCGGCAGCAGCAGCGCUCCAAGACAGUUAGCUCAGGGAGACCAAGCAGCCGCAGCCAGCGUAAAGUCAGCAGAUGAGAGUCAGGACAAAUGUCAGAUCGAUUCCGACAGUUACAACGGCGCCGUGAGGGAAAACUACAGCUGGUCUCAGGACUACACUGACGUGGAGGUCCGCGUGUCUGUGCCCAAGACUGUUGUUAAGGGCAGACAGGUGAGCGUGAGUCUGCAGACGAGCAGCGUGCGAGUGUGCGUGAAGGAGGGAGCAGAGGAGAAAACGCUGAUGGAGGGAGAAUUCACACACAAGAUCAACACUGAAAACUCUCUGUGGAGCCUUGAACCUGGAAGCUGCGUAGUUCUGUCUCUCAACAAAGCCUCAGAAGUUUGGUGGAACGCGAUACUGAAAGGAGAGGAGGAGAUUGAUAUAAACCAAAUCAACCGCGAGCGCUCCAUGGCGACGGUUGACGACGAGGAGCACGCCGUCCUGGACAGACUCACCUUCGACUACCAUCAGAAGCUGCAGGGAAAACCACAGAGUCAUGAAAUGAAAGUGCACGAGAUGCUGAAGAAGGGCUGGGACGCCGAAGGCUCGCCGUUCAGAGGGCAGCAGUUCGACCCCUCCAUGUUCGACAUCCCACCCAGCGCGGUGCAGUUCUGAAAAGGCACGAGACCCCCACCCUCCCCGCUCCAGCCAAAUAUGAACUGAAUCCUGGUUUAUUUUACACACGUUAUCUGCAGAACUGUCGCUUGUCUGUCGUGUCGGACGCGUUUGUCCUUCGCCUGUAGAGCAGAAGUGAAGCUGACAGUUUGGGGUUUUGCGUUGACGGAGACGAGUGAUGACGACCUGUCAUCAUAUCAAACGCUUGUUUGAUGUUUUGGCAGUAAAAUUGGUUAAAUACUUUUACUGUAUUAACAGUUUUUGCUCAUUAUUUAAUAACUCUACAGUGCCUGUGUGUGUUUGUUGCCCCCCCCGAGAGUGAUUCUGUUAUUAUUAUAUUUUAUUCUGACGCCAGUUACACCAAACUCUCAUUGUUUAAGGAUGAAUCAGUCAGUUUGUACAUGAAGACUUCUUAUUCUGUCAUGUAACAUAAUAAAAAAAAAAAGCCUAAAAAACGAACAAUAUCACAACAUGGAGAAGAUUUAUCUUUGUUUCAGCAACAUGGAUGCAAACGUGACGUCAAGAUCUGCUGCUCGAAUAAGCAAAACAUAAAAAAAUACAUUUUGAAAUAAAUGACUUGUUUAAU